AUGGAAGACGGCUCCCAAUUGUCUGGAGAAAUCCGUUCGCCAGUUGAAGAGGAUGAUUAUCCCUCUGUAAAGGGAGAAGAUGAUAAUAUGAAGCUUAUCCUAUCUGGAUAUUCCUUUGGAUCGAUGUUGGCCACCCUUCUUCCUUCGGCGGUUCAAGUUGUUGAGACGUUUUCAUCCGCCGAGGAUGAUAGCUCAGCUAUGAAGAUCAGGCGAAUAGCACUUGAAUUGGCGCGUGAACACAGCUUAUCCAUCAGGUACGAGGUUGCUUUCCACGCAUUGCUCCCUGUCUUCUCACGCUCUCAAGGAAUACUAAAUGCAAGAAGGCCCGCUACUCCCUCUGGAGCAUGUAACUAUCAACCAGAAUCGCGGGUAUCAGGGCGGAUAGGCAAGGGAGUAGAGACAAUCAAUCCGUCGCCUCCGGAUGUUCACUAUCUCCUGGUCUCCCCGAUACUACCUCCGGUGUCACUUUUCGUGACCAUGUCGUUUUUCGCUUCACAUAAAAAUCUUAGCACAACCGUCGACGGGUCUUCGAUCACUGGGCUUCUACCUGAAGAAGCGCUGACAAGUCAUCGAAGCCUCGCCAUCUACGGGGACAGUGACUUCUUUACUUCGAUCAAAAAGUUACGAGACUGGUCUCGUGAACUAUCGAGUAAACCCAAUUCGUCAUUCGAGUUCUUAGAAAUCCGAGGAGCAGGUCACUUUUGGCGCGAAAACGGAGUAGAAUUUUUAUUGAAAAGCGCCAUACGAGACUUUUCGUUGGCGAGGUAG